AUGUAUGCCACUGAACGCUUUUUUGACGGUAAUCAAGAGACUCUACAAGAACUACCACCUGUGGAAGAUUAUGAAAAACAACCGUUGAUGACACUUGAAGAAGCAAUCAAACAACUUGAACCAUUAAUAAAUAACUGUGAAGUGAUGGCGUUGACGGCCAAACGUAUAAUGUCUCAUCCUGCAUGUGAUCUUACUUCGGAUGAGGCAGCUGCCAUCCAUCUUUAUACUAUGCCGUCUUCGAAAGCGGAUCGACAUGUUUCUAUUCAACUGAACAGGGCACUUCGCUCUAGAGAAGGAAAUGAGCUCGUUCCAUGGCUUUCCUAUCUCCAACUCUUUAUUUCUACUUUGAAAAAAUUACCAUCGGUGAUUGGUACGAUUUGGCGCUAUGCACGAGGUGAUGUUAGUGCAGAUUAUCAAAAUGAUUGUGUUUGGUCAGGAUUCAGCUCAUGCAUAGGAGCCAAGUCAGUACUUGUAGGAUCUCUUGAUAAAGGUAAUGUCUACACUAUUUUCGAAAUUGAAUGCAUCAAUGGCAAAUCAAUUCGCAAUUAUUCUGAAUGCGCGAAUGAGGACGAAGUUAUUUUGAUGCCUGGUACACAUUUAAAAGUGAUCAAGAAAGAAGAUCUAGGUAAUGGACUUAAAAAAGUUUAUUUACAAGAAGAAAACUCUCAACAACACCCGUUGAUUGACUCUCUGAGUUCAUCAUCGACGACGAAGGAAAAAUAUCGAACAGACCAAGAUAUCAAUGCGACUACAAUGCAAUCAAUCAGGAAAAUACCAUCAGCGCAACUAUCUAGUAAGAUUUUUCUAGGAUUAAGGAAUAUUUUCUUGACAAUAAGCCACGUCAUUUUAAACGAAAUAGAAAUUUUAGGUUAUUCAGACACAAAUCAGAAUCAAAGCAGGAAAAAAUUUCAAAAGUUGGAAUAAAAGUAAACUUUUUUCAUUCCCCCUCAACUUAUCUGACAGAAGAAGAUAUAUUUGGAGUAAGAGCUGAUUUUCAAGGAUACGAUUGUUGAUUUGAGUUAUUCAUUUGAACAAAAUGAAUCAUUAGCUUAUAGAAAAUAGUAAAAGAAUCGUGCAAUUCAGUUAGUCAUAAAAAAGUCGAAAUGAAAAAUAGAGAAAAGUGUCGAAAAAUUACUAUAAAAUAGGAAAACUACGGAAUGGAUGAAUAUAGAAGAGAAAAAUGUUUAAAAGAAUUUAUGUGUCAAAAAU